UGAUUAAGUGAAGAGGAAAAAAAAAAACAAAAAAAAACACAACGAAGCUGCUUCCAAGUAUUGAAGAUACAAGGCCAGGAUGAACCCGAAGGACUCAAAAGUGUCUGAAGGAGGUCUCAAUGUCACACUUACCAUACGCCUUCUCAUGCACGGCAAGGAGGUUGGAAGCAUUAUUGGAAAGAAAGGUGAGACAGUUAAGAAGAUGCGGGAGGAGAGUGGGGCUCGAAUCAAUAUUUCCGAAGGCUCCUGUCCAGAAAGAAUUGUGACCAUAACAGGCCCAACAGAUGCAAUUUUUAAAGCUUUUUCUAUGAUUGCACUAAAAUUUGAAGAGGACAUAAAUGCUUCAAUGACAAACAGCUCAGUGACAAGCAAGCCACCUGUAACACUGCGGCUUGUCGUGCCAGCAAGUCAGUGCGGAUCCCUUAUAGGAAAAGGAGGCUCCAAAAUCAAAGAAAUCAGGGAGUCCACAGGAGCCCAGGUGCAAGUAGCAGGGGAUAUGCUGCCAAACUCAACAGAGCGUGCAGUGACUAUAUCAGGCACUCCCGAUGCCAUCAUCCAGUGUGUGAAACAGAUAUGCGUGGUCAUGCUGGAGUCCCCACCCAAAGGUGCCACCAUCCCCUACCGUCCCAAACCUGCCUCUGCACCUAUCAUUUUUGCAGGUGGCCAGGUAAGAGCAGACACCAUUUUGGCUUCAGCUGGAAACCACACCGUCUUGGCCCAACCUCAGCCAGCGCCUGCGUUUACAAUUCAGGGGCAGUAUGCCAUCCCUCAUCCAGACGUGAGUCCAGCACAUUUGACCAAGCUUCACCAGUUGGCUAUGCAGCAUCCCCCCUUUACUCCCCUUGGGCAGACCACCCCUGGUUUCCCUGGACUGGAUGCCACUUCUCCAACCAGUUCCCAUGAACUUACUAUUCCCAAUGAUGCAAUUUUUGUUCUUGCUCCUGGUGAUGUAAAGCCGAGGUUACUCUUCUGACUUCACUUCUUCAGAGUUCCUAUCAGACGGAGAGGGAGACAGCUGGCCUCAUGUGCUGUAGUGCACUAGAAAAGGGAAAAAAAAUGAUCUGUUUCUGAUGAGAAGCUAUGAAAUGCUCUGGCUCAGCACUGUCCUCUCAGAAGCAAAUACAAAUCCAUGUGUUGUUUCUAAUAGGAAAUUUGUUGAGCUUCACAGCGUGUGCCUUGCUGUUGCUAAAGGAGGAAAACCAGGGCCAAGGUGGGGUUGUUCGUAUAAACAGCCCGCAGACAGUGAAAGGAUGUUAUUGCAUUGGUUCAGAUGGGAGAGGCAGCAGCAGUUGUGAAGGAAACCAUGCACUGAUAAUUCAACUUCAUUUUCCCAACCAACAUCUCCUAGUCCUGUUUUGGUCAGAAGCCUCCCUCAUUUUAUGCAUGCAUGCCUGCAGAAGUCCAGCACAGGUGAGAACAGCAUGUGGCUUGCAAAUACCCACUUGUUCUACAGUUGCCACUGCACCUACACAUCUGUUACACCUAUUUUUUAAAAACAAGAUAAUGAUAAAUACAAAAAGCCAAAGCCCCAGUAUGAAUCUGGCGAAAGAAAAUCAGGUGUGAAGAGAAUGAGGAGCUCAGACUUGAGGUGUGUUCUGCACAAGCCUUUGUGUGAGGCAGUAUAAUAGUGGUUGUCCUUUAGGGAACAGGAGGGAUGGCGUCACUGCUGGGCACAGAUACCAGAUUUCACAACAUUGUGUAAUCCAAUCCCCAAAAUGGCCAUUGAAAGUAAAUGAAUAAACCAAUAAUAAUAAUAUAAAAUCCACCUCAUUAAAAAUUAUGUGUAAUUCCUGUAUAUAUAUGUGGGAGACAGCCAGAAGCAAGUAGCAGGAAAGCUUCACCCUUGGAAAACACAAACAUUUAAAAAAACAGUAGAUCUGAUCAGUACUCCAUAUAAAUAGACAUGCAAAUCCAUCCAAGCUGGAUAAAGCAUCCUGAAGAACUGUUUCUAUCACCAGUGGAGUCAGAAGUCCUUUCCUGCAGGAGUCUGAGAGGGGCCAAGCAUGCAAAGUGCUCUUGGAGAAGUCCCCAGGGAAACCUAGCCUCCAGAGAGGCCCCAUGGUGCCUCCUCUUCCUCCUCCUCCUCUUUUGAUAGUCUCUGGGACACUGAGCUCUCAUCUCCACAGAUCUCAAUUCACCUCUUGCAGUAGGAUUGCUGUCAGCUGUACAGAGGACACAAGGGCAGCAUCUGACCCCGCUGUGACACGCAGCCCCAAAUCGGGUAAUGCCUCUUCCAGAAAAGCCCUGAGGACUUUGGAUAUUCAUUUAAAUCCAUCUCUGAUUCAGAAGUUUUCCGAAGGAUUUGAAAGCAACAGCUGGGUGAAGACUUAAUAGUCUGCACAAGAUAUUCUGAAAAAGAUGCACAAGAUACUCUGAAGUGGUACUAUGAGUAAAAGCCCUUCCACCAAAGCUGAGGGACCUGGCAGAUGCCAAGCAGUAGAAGCUGCUUCCUUGACCCGUUUAACCAGUGCUAGACUCAUAAUAAGAAAGAAAAGAUACCAGAUUUAAACAAAUAUGUGGAAGCUCAACACUUCUGUGUUCAACACUGGGCUUUAGUAAAAUAAAAUAAAAAAAACAAAAGAACUUGAAGUCUGAGUUCUCCCUGUGGAGUCUGGCAGCAUGAUGAAUAUGGAGGAGCAGACCAGUAGGAAGAACCCAGCAGCAAGCUGUGUUGUUAGACCCCGUCAGUGAGCUUAGCAUUUUGGCAGGGGGAAGAUGUAUGCUUAGCGUAUUUACUUAGCAUCAUGGGAAAAUAAUAUGGAAGAGAGAGGCCUGCAUCUCUGCUGACAUGGCAAGUCAGGGGAAACCCCACCAGCACCAAGAGGCCGGGGAGGGGGAACCAGAGUAGACCUUCCUCCAGUCCCUUCUUGUAAGAGCCCAGACUCUGGAUUUGAUUCUGUUGCUGCUGGUACCAGCAGAAUUUUACUGAAAGACAGAAUACAACCAAAAAAAGGCAAAUAUCAGCAUCUAUGUUUUAGGAUUUGUUUUUUGUUUGUUUGUUUUGGUGGGUAUGAGAAGAAACGAAGUAUGCUGAGGUAGGUGGAGGUGGAUGAGACAUGGUGGUGGAGCAGUAGGAAAGGGAGCCGUCUUCCUCUGAUGUUUACGGUAAAAGAAGGAGAGAACAUACGCUGAUAUUUUGAUUUUUAAGGGCAAAUGAUGAUACUGAUGGACAACAAAUGCACAAAUGCUGCAAAGCAGAAACAGAUUCAGUGGGAACUUUUCAGGCACAUGGACUAUUGAGCAUGAAGUCAGAGAUGCCAUCUGCUGUUCAGGUGAUGCAUAAGCCAUAUGCAGAACGAGAAUUUAGGAUACUGAUGAAAGUUUUGCUUUGUUCUUCGUGCUGGUUUUAGGCUUCUUCUGCAAACAUGUGCAGGCUGCUGGGCUGGGUGCCUUUCUGAUCUUAGCCAUUCUGCUUUGUCCUUGAGGGAGUUAAAAUCUGCACACCUAUACACAUAUGCACACAUAUUCUUCAAGCACCCUGACCUGCUGUAGGUGUUCCUGUUCAGUGCAGGGGAGUU